AUGAUGGCUGCACAAAACUCCAGCCAGUUUACUUACCAAGAGUGCCUGAUUACUGAGCUUCCAACAGAGGUUCAACACCAGAUACUAAAUUUUGGCAGCUACGUUUUUCGUCCUCUGUGCUUUAUUCUGGCAUUUUUGUCACUUGUCUUAAAUACGCUUGUUAUCAUAGUUGUGGCUCGAAACAGAUCCCUUCAACAUCCUUCGAUGGUUAUGAUUUGCAGUUUGGCAGUGACUGACGUAAUAUUUUCUCUGUAUUCCAUGUACAGAUACAUAGAAAUAUUCACACACAAACAAAUGUGUCCAAAAUCACACCCACUCCAUUCUGCCUUCAGUGCUCUUUGUAGCCAUGCAACGCUUGGUAAUCUGGCAGUGAUCAGUAGAGAUCGCUAUAUGGCAGUCCGAAGUCCUUGGUGGUAUCGUAACCACGCGACAAAGCCACGUGCUUUUAAGAAAUUAUGUAUACCGUGGUUGAUCAGCGUGGUAACGGCAGUGGUAGUUUACUUCUCAAGAACUUUGGGAGGCGUUUACAAACCUUUGGCACAAACGUUAACUCUAGUUCAUUUUGCUUUUUGUGUAAUUUUCAUAAUAUUCUGUUAUCUUAGCAUUUAUACCCGAAAACCUAUUGAAGUACAAAAUCCGAACGAUUCCCUUUUCAAGAAGGAAAAAAGAUUAACGAACACAGUUGCUUGGGUCCUUCUGAUUUUGCUAUUGACCUACUUUCCAGCGCUUCUUUUCCCAAUGCUUUUGUUCGUAAAAGGCUUCAAGAAUUUUUUGCCAUUUCGACCUUAUUACAUCAUCUUUAUCCAAUUAAAUGGAGCUUUAAAUCCACUGUUAAACUUUGGCCGUUCUAAAAAGAUGCGCAAAGCUAUAAGAGACUUAUUUAAAUGCAUUCUGCAAGUAAAGCCG